GCUUAGUCUCUCCCUCUAGAAUCAACGUUUGGGAGAGACACAAGCUGGGAGGUACGUACUCAGCGCACGGCAUUCUUUGGGGCACAGGGAGGUUGUCUGUUUCGGAGCCAGUUUCAAGAGCAACUUAUUUUACGAUUUACAUUCCGCAUCGGACUUGCUGAUUUGCCGGGACUGUAUAAUAUAUUGUGUAGUUUUUAUAAGACUGAGGUUUGAAAAACAAACAAAGACGGAAGUUUGCGAUCUUCAUCCACAUAACCAUAAUGCUCAUGGAAAUGUAGACUUAUCCUAAACGAGGAUGGUUUGGAGGUAGUUUUAUGGAGUCUGAGUUGGAUGUGGGAACGGUUUUCGAAAGGAUAAAGGCGGGAAACAUAUUUGAAAAACUUUGCUUUGUUCACCGUGGAAGAACGAGUAGGUGACUGGGUUGGAUUGUUGUAAAGAAAUCUUUACGCACGGUCUGCGCAGACAGAUUUGUUCAGUCCAAGAUGCGCCUGUUGAACACGUCGUGCGGAUGUAACCGCGGAGAAAUCCAAGGAAGCACACACAAGUCUGUGAUGAUGCGUUUGUUUUUCCUCCUCGUGGCCGUAGUGUCCUGUGAAGGCUGUCCGGACAAGUGUUUGUGCAUCCCACAGACGGUGAAAUGCCAAAACCAGGGCUUGGACGCGAUUCCGCAUUCUUUACCGACCAAUACCAAAUUCCUGUUCGUCACAGGAAACAACAUUUCCCGUAUUAGCGAGGACUCAUUUCCAACCCUCCUGGAACAGUUAACAGACCUCUAUCUCAGUGGGAAUGAGAUAGAGUUUGUGGAUGCAAACGCAUUUGACAACUUGCCAAAUCUUGUACGACUGGAUUUGAGUAACAACAAAAUCGAGAAUUUCAGUGAAAGCGCGUUCCCUCAUAAUAACACACUGCAGGUCCUGAACCUAAGCAGAUGCUUUCACAAUCAUUCCACAGUGAACCUGGAGUUCCUGGAGAUUGGAAACCUCCACCAGCUGAGAGUCUUGGACCUGUCCAACAAUGACCUUUUGAUUCUUCCAGGCGACGUGUUCUCCAACCUCCCCAGCCUGGUAAACCUCACCCUGCAGAACAGCUCCAUGAUCUCCAUUCAGAACGGGACGCUGAGGGUGCCACCGCUGCGUGAACUUGACCUGAGGGACAACAGCCUGAGGGAUCUGUCCACCACUGCUAUGGCAGAGUUCAGCCUCAAGCCUGGCCUCCGCAUACAGCUGGCAGGGAACCCGUGGCGCUGUGACUGCUCCAUUGAGGACAUGCUGUUAUGGCUGAAAAACUCCACUCAGAUUGUUGACAUGCAGAACCUAACCUGUGCAGACCCCGAGGACCUGAGUCGACAGCUGCUCCAGCAUGUGUCUCACUCAAAGCUGAAGUGCUCUGGUGACAUGGAGGGUGUGCUGGAGACUUCUUAUGUUUUCCUGGGGCUGGUGUUGGCUCUGAUUGGUGUCAUAUUUCUGCUGGUGCUCUACUUGAACAGAAAAGGCAUCAAGCGGUGGAUGUACAACAUCCGGGAUGCUUGUAGGGACCACAUGGAGGGCUAUCAUUACAGGUACGAGAUAAACUCUGACCCGCGUUUGGCCAAUCUCAGCAUCAAUUCGGAUGUGUGAGAGAGGACGGGACACUGUCUGAGACCCCACAGUGAGAUAUUAGAUGACUUAUACUGUUAACAUUUGCAUGAAAGUCUUCCUCCCCUUUCGCCUUUUCCCCUACAAUGCUACAGAUUUGGCAUCUGUCAUGGCUCCUAAUUAACCCCUCUCACAACCGCCAUUCAGCCACUGCCGCAUGUUCUAUACAGUUACCUGGCAGCUGUGAUGUCAGCCGUGUUUCUGCCAUGCAUGGACAAUGAAUCAUGUCAGUUUUUCUCUUUCUUUUUUGGAUAGUCGCAAAGAGUGAUGUGUUCUGUUUUUACUUUUCCUAAAGUAUAAAUGGAGGAGUAUAUUAACUUUUAAGCGAGAAGAGAUUACAAAACACGUAGGCUACUGCUGGUCAUUGCAUCCCUGUCAUUAUGCCUCUGCUGCAGAUAGAUAUUAUACUGUUUGUUUGAGUGUGUUUUUUUUAAUAUGUGAAUUUGUCAUAUACAGUAUGCCUUUUUUGAAUGAUUAAAGUGCACAUUGCAUAGUUUUUGGAUUUAGUAGGUGGAUGUAAUUGCUCUUGCUUUUUUUCUGUGAAGAUAUUCAACUAAAUAAAAUGCCUCUGGAUUGCUGGUA